GAGUGACUGAUGCCCAGUGAAUUGAAAAAUUAAAGCAAAAAUAGCCUGGCCCAGAGCGAGAAUUGUUUAGUCGACUAGUGUCAGUGUUAGCGGGAAGAUGAAGCCAAGUUUACCACAGCUCAGACAGGCAGGCGUGAUUUUGCUGGCAUUGAAUUGCGUUUUACUUUGCACAGCGCAAGGUGGCAAUGGUGGUGCUGGUGGCUGGGGUGGUGCGCCAGGUCAACCUGGAGCGCCCGGUGCGCCGGGUAACAGUGACUUUGGUUUCGGCUACGCAGGCAUAGAUAGCCGUGGACAUGCUUACGGUGGCGCCGGUGGCAACGGUGGUUACUAUGUUGGCGGUGUAGACGAUCAAGGCAGACGGUUUUCAUAUAGCGGCGGGGCUGGCGGUAUGCCGGGCAUGCCAGGUGCACCAGGCGGCUAUCCCGUUGCGCCUGGAGCGCCAGUUGGCCCUGGCAACUAUCCCAAUUACUACGAUCCGCGUUACCGAUCGGCAGCUAAUGCUGUGGGCAGACAAUUGCAUUGGCUGUGGCUUUUGUUGCCGCUAACAGUGUUUUUGAAAGUUUUAUAAAAUGAAAGGAAAAGCAUGAAAUGUUUUUCAAUAACUUUCGUUAUGUAGUUUAGAGACUAUCUAUAAUUGUUAGUUGUAAUUCAUGUGAAAGAGUUUUUGUAACCCAUUUUCAAACAUUUCUAUUCCUCGAUAUCCUCACUGAACGCACUAGUUUUUAAUUUCCAAGUUAAAAUUGUACCUAAAAUUAAAACACGUACACGUGUAUAUGUAUAUGUAUACGUGAAUGUAGGUUAAAAAAAUUAAAUAAAAAUAAAAGUUAUAUUUAAUUGCACUGUAAAA